GAAAGAAGGUUCGGGAAGAUCUUGCGGCGGGCUGGUUUUAGAGAACAGAUGUACUCCCACCCCCACCCCAGGCUGGUCCCGGGAGGGGCGGCCUCUCCCCGCCCCCCGGGCAGCGCGGCCCGCUCCCUCCUCCCGCGGGCAGGAGCCCGGGCCAAAUGGGCGCGCCCGGCCCGGGGCAGCCGGGAUCCGGUGUCGGCGGCAGCUGGCAGUGCGGCGGGCGCGGAGCAAGCGGCCGGCGGGGCCGGCUAUUAAUAACGCGGCCGGCGAGCCCGGGUCGCGCAGCUAUGGCCAGCCCGGAGCCGCGGCGCGGCGGGGACGGCGCCGCCCAGGCCGCGAGGGAAACAAAAGCAAAGCCCAGUUCUCUUGAAGAGAACUCUGAAUCCCUGGAUGAGAUGGGGACAGUGAGCCCAGAAGUUACUUUAUCUUUGGAGGGGACCUUGAACUUAGAGGACAUUCUCUACCUGGGAGACACAGGAGAGCUUGAUGAGACACUGUACUUGGAAGAAACUGAGAAGCCCGAGGAGACACUGUAUAUUGAGGAGACCAAGCAGCCAGAUGAGGCCAUGUAUGUGGAAGAUCCUGGGAAGCCUGAGGAGCCUCUGUGUAUGGAGGAAACUAUGAACCCAGAGCAGAUAUUGUGUGUGGCAGAGCCCAAGAAGCCAGAAGAGACCACAAGCCCAGAGAAGACCAUUUACAGGGGAGAGAUGGUCAUGAGUGAGGAGACACCUAACCCUGAGGAGGGCUUCCGAGCUGGGCCUAGUUCCAGCACAGAGGAGGGGCUGAGCAUGGAGGACCUGGAAUUGCUAGAGGGACGUUUCCAGCAAUGUGUACAAGCUGUGGCCCAGCUGGAAGAGGAGAGAGAUCAGCUCAUCCAUGAGCUCGUGUUGCUCCGGGAACCAGCCCUACAAGAGGUGCAACAAGUCCAUCAGGACAUCCUGGCUGCCUACAAACUGCAUGCCCAAGCAGAGCUGGAGAGGGAUGGGUUAAGGGAGGAGAUCAGGCUGGUCAAGCAGAAGCUGUUUAAGGUGACAAAGGAAUGUGUGGCCUACCAAUACCAGCUGGAGUGCCGCCGGCAGGAUGUGGCCCAAUUUGCUGAUUUCCGGGAAGUGCUGACUACACGGGCAGCCCAGCUCUCUGAGGAGCUGGCCCAGCUCCAGGAUGCCUAUCAGAAGCAGAAGGAGCAGUUCCAGCAACAACUAGAAGCACCUCCAAGCCAGAGGGACGGGCACUUUCUCCAGGAGAGCCGGCGGCUGUCCACCCAGUUUGAGAACCUCAUGGCCGAGAGCCGCCAGGGCCUGGAGGAGGAGUAUGAGCCUCAGCUGCUGCGGCUCCUAGAGAGAAAAGAAGCUGCUGCCAAAGCUCUACAGAAAACCCAGGCUGAGAUCCAGGAGAUGAAGGAGGCUCUAAGACCCCUGCAAGCAGAGGCCCAGCAGCUCCAUCUGCAGAACAGGAACCUAGAGGACCAGAUCACACUUGUGAGGCAGAAACGCGAUGAGGAAGUGCAACAGUACCGGGAACAGCUAGAGGAAAUGGAAGAACGACAGAGGCAGUUAAGAAGUGGGGUGCAACUCCAGCAACAAAAAAACAAAGAAAUGGAGCAGCUAAGAAUCAGCCUUGCUGAGGAGCUCUCAACUUACAAGGCUAUGCUACCCAAGAGCCUGGAACAGGCUAAUGCUCCCACUUCUCAGGCAGGUGGAAUCGAGAAGCAGUCUCAAGGGGCUGUUUAGAAACCUAUGGUCAAAUCUGUAACCCAGAAACAACCAAAAAAUUCUUUGCAAAGGAUCACUAAAUACCCUUUGGACACACUUUUUUCCAAACAAAGAAGGAACUUGGCAAGCAAUUCACCCCGGGGAAGUUACAAAUACUGGCUGACCUGUUUUAAAAAGAUUCUAGGGAUGGCUGGAGGUGAACACCAUCAGUCAACACUUAGCUGGAUUGUUUCAUAGACUCCUGGUACUGACCUCAAUGUGCUGAGAACAGAAAAAUGAGCCUCCUGUCCUUCAGCAGCAUCCCUUACAUGCACACUGAGUAAAGGAUGAAUGUAUACAUGGACAUAUCUUACUGUGUUGUGAAGAAUGUAUUUUGCCCUGUGUUGAUCCAAGCCAAAAACACUUUUUUGGAGCACAGGUGGGUCAAAAAGACAGGUGGUUUAUGUUAAUAUGGGUUUACAAUUUAAGUUUUGUGCCAUGAGUGUUAAGCUUUAAAUUAAUUCCUUACAAAGUUUUUUAGGUCUAUGCUCACUCAUAUAGUGUACUCUUGUGUCAAGAUAAUUUUCACUAUACCCUAAAAGAGUUAAUGACUUGGAAAAAAGGAACCAAUCCAGAUUUGAACCUAAAGGUAAAGGAUGGUCAGAUUCCCCCCAAGAUCUUGACUCAUGAAAAUGAUUUGGGUCAAAGGGUUGGUUCAAUUUAACUCAGUUAAACUGAAAAUGAAUGGCAAAGAACCAGUAAUUUUACCUGGUUAUGGCCUUUGGUGAAAAAAGACUUUUAAGUGCCUAUUUCUACCCUCUAAGUACAGGCCCCAGUGAAAAACUUACUGGGGAGAUUCAACCUCCUUAUGAGAGCAAGUUCAAACUUCUUCCAAAUUAAAAUUUUGCCUUAAAUU